UUGUCCCCGCUGAGAGGAGAGAGAAAGAGAGGCUCACCUUAAGCAGCACAAGCUUUAAAUGCGAGUUGGUUGAUGGUGGUUUCUUUCGAUCUACUCUUACGGACUAAGCAUUGUGGAGCGCAUCUUUCCUUUCUAUAUAAUAAUUACUCAUAAUAUAUAACUCAUCCUUAAACCCAAAUCUCCUGCUUCCAAGAUCGAUCCUACCCUGAACCAUACCCACUCUGUUUUUUCGAUUCCUGCAACUUGGAAGAGCUGAGUUCCCAAUUCCUAAAAUUUCUUGGCUACCCUGAUGGAUUUUGUGGCGAAUCCUUUUCCUUUGCCUUCUUCCGCGUUGGGCUCCUUCGGGAGCGUCGUUGAGAGGGUUAGACGCAUAAGCAGUCUCGCGGUUUCUGUUAUAAUUGGAAACAUCCUCUCUGCGAUCUUGACAUUUUGCUUUGCCUUAGUGGGAACGUUAUUGGGUGCCAUGACAGGAGCUUUGAUAGGCCAAGAGACCGAGAGUGGCUUCAUUAGAGGAGCAGCAGUUGGUGCCAUUUCCGGAGCUGUUUUCUCCAUUGAAGUAUUUGAAUCUUCUCUUGUUCUUUGGCAAUCUGAUGAAUCUGGGAUUGGGUGCCUCUUAUAUCUGAUUGAUGUCAUUGCUAGCCUAUUGAGUGGGAGACUUGUGCGUGAGAGAAUUGGCCCUGCCAUGUUAAGUGCUGUCCAAAGUCAGAUGGGUGCUGUUGAAGCAAACUUUGAGGAGGUUCAAAACAUCUUUGACACUGGUGGUUGCAAGGGCUUAACUGGGGAUUGUGUUGAGAAGAUCCCGAAGAUCACAAUCACAAAUGAUAAUAUUAUUGAUGCUUCGGGUGAAAGAGUUUCUUGUUCAGUCUGCCUCCAGGACUUUCAGCCUGGAGAGACGGUUAGAAGUUUGCCUCAUUGCCAUCACAUGUUCCACCUACCAUGCAUCGAUAAGUGGCUCUUCAGGCACGGUUCAUGUCCGUUAUGCAGAAGGGAUCUGUAAUUUUGUAUGUCCAUAGUACAAAAAAGUUCUUUUAUUGUUUAUACAGUCUUUCACUUCUAGGACUUGUAUUGGGUUCCAGGGAGCAUCCCAUGAGCGUAUCAUUGUACUAAAUUAGUGUAAAGAAAAUUUUGAUAUAUUAAAUAGUUUUGGCUCCUUCU